UUACUUAUUUAAUAAAUAAUAAAUAAAAAAUAUUAUUGAAUAACAAUAACCCAUUAUGGGAAGACUAGCGCUCAAAUCAGUCAAAUCAUAAUUGAUAUUCACUCGGUACUUCUGUCAGUAGUUUCAUUAUUACACAACUAAAUAUCUUGAUUUUCGUGUUAUUUUAUUCGAAAAGGAAUUUUUAAACCGAAAUGAAGACUUAUCAACGUUUAGUUAUUCUAACAAUUUUUGGAUUGUGUGCAGCAGAUCCUCUCGUGAGAUAUCAACCAGAACAAAUCCAUUUAUCAUUGGGUGAAUCUGAAACUGAAUUAAUGGUUACAUGGACAACAUGGAACAAUACAGACGAAUCAGUUGUAAAAUAUGGUAUUAAUGGACCAAUUCUUAAAGCUACAGGUUCUUCUACAUUAUUUGUAGAUGGUGGUGAACUCCACCGCACUCAGUAUAUACAUCGUGUUAAGCUUACAGGAUUACAACCAUCUAAUAAAUAUGUGUAUUAUUGUGGAAGUAAUCAAGGCUGGUCUGCCCAGUUUUGGUUUAAAACUGUUCCUAGUGAUACUAAUUGGUCACCUAGCUUAGCUUUCUUUGGUGAUUUGGGUAAUGUAAAUGCGCAAUCUCUUCCUAGGUUACAAGAGGAAACUGAACGAGGACUUUAUGAUAUGAUACUUCAUAUCGGUGAUUUUGCAUAUGAUAUGGAUAGUGAAAAUGCCAAAGUUGGAGAUGAAUUCAUGCGCCAAUUGGAACCUGUAGCUUCAUAUGUACCAUACAUGACUUGUCCUGGCAAUCACGAGCAAAAAUAUAAUUUCAGCAACUACAAAGCUCGUUUCAGUAUGCCUGGUGGCUAUGAGAAUAUGAUGUAUAGUUUUAAUUUAGGGCCAGCUCAUUUCAUUAGUAUUUCUACAGAGUUUUACUAUUUCCUUUACUAUGGAAUUAAACCAGUUGUCUUACAAUAUGAGUGGCUUGUUAAUGAUCUAAAAGAAGCAAAUAAACCUGAAAACCGAAAAGAGAGACCAUGGAUAAUUGUUUAUGGUCAUAGACCAAUGUAUUGUUCAGAUGACGAUAAAGAUGAUUGUACAUAUCAUGAAACAAUUACUAGAGUUGGUCUCCCAUUACUCCAUUGGUUUGGGUUAGAAAAACUAUUUUAUGACAAUGGAGUUGACUUGUGUCUUUGGGGCCAUGAACACACGUAUGAAAGAAUGUGGCCUGUGUAUGAUCAUACUGUUUAUAAUGGGUCUUAUUUAGAACCAUAUACUAAUCCAGGUGCACCAGUUCACAUUACAUCUGGUUCUGCUGGUUGCCAAGAAAGAACUGAUAAUUUUAUUCCAAACCCUCCAGAUUGGUCAGCAAUAAGAAAUAGUGAUUAUGGUUAUGGUCGUUUGAAGAUUUAUAAUAAUACUCAUUUAUAUGCUGAACAAGUUUCUGAUGACAGGGAUGGUGAGGUUAUUGAUCAUAUUUGGCUCAUCAAGGAUCAUCAUAAACCUUAUGGAAAAUCAACUUCAAAAUAAUUAUUAACUAAAUCAAAUUGUUUGCAAAAUUUUAUCAAAAUUAUAUUAUUUAAGUUCAUAAAAUGUUAUUAUCUUGUUAGUGCCAUAGAAAUUAAAUAUUAAUUAUU